AUGGGUCGCCGCGGCGGAAGCGACAGCGAUGAAGACGACACCUUCUACUACCGUUACUCCUCCGUCUCGGCACCAGAUCCUCCGUCAUCGACCUCCUCCACCUCAACAGCAGCCGCCGCUAAUCGGAACCCUAAAUCCCGCGGCUCGGGCGGACUGGCCCCGUCGAAGUCGACCGUCUACAUCUCCAACCUCGAUUUCGCCCUCACGAACUCCGACCUCCACACCCUCUUCUCCACCUUCGGCAAGAUCGCCCGCGUCACCGUCCUCAAGGACCGCGCCACCCGCCAGUCCCGCGGCGUCGCCUUCGUCCAGUUCGUCUCCCGCGACGACGCCGCCUCGGCCGCGCGCCAGAUGGACAAGAAGAUCCUCAACGGCCGGACCCUAUCGGCGUCGAUUGCCAACGACAACGGCCGGGCGACGGAGUUUAUUAAGAAGAGGGUGUAUCAGGACAAGAGCAAGUGCUACGAGUGCGGGGAAGGCGGUCACUUGUCGUACGAGUGCCCGAAGAAUCAGCUCGGCGCGAGGGAGAGGCCGCCGGCGCCGAAGCGGGGGCGGAGAGAAGGCGGCGUCGGUCGCGGCGUCGGUGGUGCUUCUGAGAGGAGAGACGAGGAGGACGCGGCGGAGGAUGGGGAAGUAGGAGGAGGGAAUUGGGGAGAUGGUCAGGGGUUUGAAGAGGAGAAUUGGGCUUCGGCGGUGGAUGGGAGGGCGGAGGAGAGAUUGUUGUUGGCAGAUGAAGAAGGGAAGGGUUCGGGGAAGAAGAAGGUGAAGAAAGCCAGUUACUUUAGCGAUGAGAGUGGCGAGGAAGAUUGA